UUCAUGCUCUAUUGAAACUUGUUUCCAUCCUCAAUCCCUCUUCCCCCUUCUCUCUUCUUUCUUUUCAUUUUAAAUGUGUAUUCUGCAUUCAUCUUGUUCUCUUCAUCUUUCAUUCUAAUUCCUUAAUUUCAUUUCAUUCAUUAUGGAAACGCAAAAUCAUCAACAAACAGAAACCAAGUCUGAAAAGCCAAAUGUUAUGAUCGUGGGUGCUGGUCUAGGAGGACUCUUGCUGGGCAUUCUUCUGGAACGUGCAGGAAUUCCCUAUCACAUCUAUGAGCGAGCCACUAAGCUCCGUGCCUUAGGAUCGGCAUUAACCUUAGGCGCCAAUAUACUUCCAGUGUUUGAGCAACUUGGUUUACUUCCAGCAUUAGAAGAAAUAUCGUUACCCGUUCCUUCCUUGGACAUUUACAAAUCAGACAUGAAGCUCUUUGGGUCGAUCAAACUGAUGGGUCGGAAAGGAACUGGUUAUGAGAAUUUGCUCUUUGAGAGACCAAGGUUGUAUGAGCUUUUGCUCAAACAUGUUCCUUCCGAGAAGAUCACGCAGGGCAAAAAAGUCAUCCGAGCAGAGGAAAAAGAAUCUGAUAAGGUAGUGAUCCAUUGUGAAGAUGGUUCCACAUUUGAAGGUGAUAUCCUUGUGGGCGCAGAUGGCGCUUAUAGUAAGAUCCGACAGGAUCUUUUCAAUCGUAUGGGAGAAGAAGGUACGCCUGUCCCCAAGGAGGAUUUAGAGGAUAUGGUCUUGGGAGAUAUUUGUAUGGUCGGUGUAGCAAAGCCCAGUCAUCCUGAAAAAUAUCCACAGCUCAAGAGUAACAUUUCGCACUUUAUGUGCGUUCUUGGCAAGGAUAGAAAGAGUUGGCAUGCUGUUAGUGUUCCCAACAACCAUAUUUGUUGGUCAUUGAUUGUCCAGCUGACAGAGGCUGAGGUGAAAGAACAAAAAUUCCGUAACACAGAAUGGACUCCAGAGUCAAAUGAGGCGAUGAUUAAAGAUUUUUAUGACCUACCCUCUCCAAUGGGAGGAACAAUGGGUGAAUUGAUCGAUGAAACACCCAAGGACCUUAUCUCGAGAGUAUUUUUGGAGGAGAAAAUCUUCAAGACUUGGUUCCAUGGCCGGACUGUCCUUCUUGGUGAUGCUUGUCACAAGAUGCUUCCUGGAGCCGGUCAAGGUGCCGUAAAUGCAAUGCAAGACGCAACAGUCCUUGCCAACUGCAUUUAUAACAUGGCAGGUAGAUCACAAGAGAGCGUCAUAGCAGGCUUUGAAGAGUAUUACCGACAACGAUACCCUCAUGCACUCCAAAAGUUCAACGUCAGCAAAGAAUGGUCCAUGGUUAUGUUUGGACAGACUUGGAUCGAGCGCAUGGUUCGACAUAUUAUGGUCAAGUAUACGCCUGAGUGGUUAUUUAUGCGCACACAUACCAAAAACUUUGCACAUCGUCCCCAGAUUGCUUGGCUCCCACUGGCCGAAACCCGCGGUAUGCUUCCUGCAUUACCACAGGAAGGAGUUAGGAAGCUACUUCAUGAAAACUAAAGGUUGAGACUUGAUAGAUUAGUGGCCUUUCGUAAAAUGUAAUGAGGUAGCUUGCAGAAAGAAAAGUGAAGAGUAUAUUAUUUAUUUCAACAUCUAAUAUUAAUAAAAAAGUAAUAUUGAUC